CCCGGUAACGUUGGCCCGGUCAGCCUGGUAAACGUUGGGCCUGGUCGUACGGUGCCUGGUGCCCCUGGUACCUGGAACGCACCAUAGUUGCAACUUGCAAGUAGCCGCGGACGAUCGAUACUGCGCAUGCGCGAUGAAUAGUGCGCGUGCGCCACAUGCGCGCGUCCCUCCUCCAAGAUGGCCCCUCACUCGACCGCAGCGCGAGGUUUCGGCGGGACGGCUGAGACGACGGCUCGUCCCGGGCGCUGAGUUGCGCCCUUCGCGCGAUCUGCGCCCGUGGCUCGGACGGCCGGUCGGUGUUCUGCCAGGCCGGGACCAUGUGUGAGCGGAACCCUUGGCGUGGGCCUCGCGCGGCCACCGCGCCACAUUAGGAGCGUCGGAAAUCGGAUCUGGUGGGGGCGCAGUGUCCUGGCGGACGGUCGAGCGGCGUCCCAGCCACCGGCAACGUCGGCUGCAGGGCCCUUUUGGAGGGGCGCCAUGGGCAGCAGCUGCUCCUCGGCCCAGAAGAAGGACAAGAAGCAGCGGUGGGGUCCCCAUGCGGGGCGUGGCCGGGCCCUGACCGCCCUUGCCCGCAGGUGCUCGCCCGAGGGCAGGAGGCGCAGCUCGGUGCGUUCAACGGACAGCCUGCCGUACGGCAAGGAGGCAACGCCGCCCCCGGCGCCCCCGGAGCCCCCGGCGCCCCCCAGCCACCACAAUGGUGCCGCCGUCUCCCAGGGGUCCCCCGGCCUGGAGUCCCUGGCGUCGCCGCUGCUGGGCCGCCUUGGCGAGGGGGAGGAGGAGGAGCAGGGUAGCCGCCAGCUGGGCCUGUACGUGUGCUCGGCCUUGCCGGACACCCUGGCGGAGCGCACACUGCUGGUGGAGCGCGUGUACCCGGCCCUGCGGCACCAAGCGGCCCAGCGGGGCUACGAUCUGUGCCUGGCCGACCUGCACUGGGGCGUGCGCCUGGACGACCGGGCCCUGCUGGCCGAGGUCUGCCUGAGCACCCUGGCACGCCUGCGCACCCGGGGACGCCUGCUGGCUUUGGUGCUGCUGCCUGAGCGGCUGGAGGGCGGGCUGCCCCAGACGCUGCCCCCGUGGCUGCCCGGUGGACUGGCGGGUGGCCUGGCCGAGUGGUAUGUGCCGGACGGACGGGGCGGCCAGCGACUGCGGGCCCCUGUGGGGGAGUCGGCCCCCCUAGAGGCGGCCCUGCGGGAGGCCCUCUCGCCCCUCCAGCGGGCCCUCUACCUGACGUCCGUGCUGGAGGAAGAGGUGCGGGCGGCGGUGCUCUGUCCGGCCCAGCGGCCCCAGGAUUGCGUGUGGCUGGAGCGGCGAUGGACGCACCGGCCACGCCCGGACGGGGCCCCGCCUGCCGACGACGACGGGGCCCGCAGGUUUGGGGCCCUGCGCGGGGAGCUGGAAGACCGGCUGCCUGAGGCCCACAAGCUGGUGGUUCGAGCCCGCUGGGGGGAAGCCGAAGAGGCCUCGUACCUGGCAGAGGUGGGCUCCCUGUUGGAGCGUGCCCUGGGGGCUCUGGUAGAUGGGGCGGCAGAAGCAGACGCCGCUCAGGAGGCGGGGCGUCCCUGCGGGGGCCUCGAGCGGGCCCUGGCCCUGGAGUUGUGUCAGCAGGGGGCCUGGGCACGGAGUCUGGCCCAAGACUUUGUCGGCCGCUCUGAGUCCCUGUCCCGGCUGGAGCGCUACGUGCGAUCGGGGGGCGGCCGGCCCCUGGUGGUCCACGGGCCCUCUGGAGUAGGCAAGAGCGCCCUGGUGGCCCGGGCGGCCUCCCUGUGCGCAGACUGGCUGCCCGGCGCGCCCGUGGUGGCCCGAUUUGUGGGCGCCGUGCCGGCUUCGCCUGACCGGCUGCUGUGCUCGCUCUGCGAGCACGUGUGUGCCCUGAGCGGCGUGCACCCGGCCGAGGCGUCGCGGAGCGGAGCGGACCGCCGGGCCCUGCUGGGGAGCCUGCUCGGCCGCUCGGAGCGGCCACUGGUGCUGGUGCUGGAUGGGCUGGACCAGCUGGAGGGCGACUGGGACUGGCUGCCCGCCCGGCUGCCUCCCCACGUGCGCCUGCUGCUCACGCUGCGGGACGGCUGCCCCCAGCUGGUGCGGGACGAGCUGGAGCCCGAGUGCCUGCUGGCCCUGGGGCCGCUACCAGGCCCCGAGAUGGAGGCCAUCGUGCGGGCCGCCCUGGAGCGGAGGGGCUGCGUCCUCAACCCCGAGCAGUGGACGCUUGUGGCGGCCUGCUUGGAACACAGUCCGCUGCAGGCGCGCCUCCUGGCCGCCCUGGCGGAGCGCUGGGGCCCCGACGACCAGCCCCCCGGGGAUACCACGCUGGGUGGCCUGGCGGCGGAGGCGGUGAGGCUGGCAGAGCGCGCGGUCGGGCCCCGGCUGGUGCCCUUCGUACUAGGGCUGCUGUCCGUGGCCCGCCACGGUCUCUCGGAUGCCGAGGUACUGGACGCGCUGUCCCGACACCCGGCCACAUUCGAGGCCUGCCCGCACCUGGACGGCAGCCCAGCGCGCUGCCCACCUGGCCUGUGGGCGCUAGUGCGCACUGUGCUGCGGCCCUUCCUGCGCACGCGCGUGGUGGCGGGCCGCGCACUGCACACGUGGCGCGGCGAGGCCCACCGAUCCCUGCUGUGCGAGGGGCGCCUGGACGCCGACACAAUGCGGGGCUGCGCGCUCGCCCUUGUGGCGCUCUUCUCGGAGGGCCGGGACGCGCGCAGCCUGGUGGAGCUGCCUUGGAUCGCGCUCGGACUCGCGCGGCGGGGGGACGGGGCUGCCUUGGGGGCUGCCCUGGGUGCCCCGGGGCAACCCCCGAGCGCCCUGGUGCGGGAGCGCUUCCUACUGGACGCUGGCUGGCUGCGGGACAAGGCAACGGCGGCCGAGCCCUGGCUGCUCCUCGAGGAGCUGCGGACCUACCUUUCCCUGGAGCCCUCGGACGCCGAGUGCUGCCUGCUGGCCGAGACCCUGGAGCUCGCGGCGUACGCCCUGCGCUACGACGGCCGCCAGCUGGCGGCGCAGCUAUGGGCCCGACUGCGGCGACGGCUAGAACAGGGUGACCUGCCCCGGCUGGAGGCCCUCUGUGCAGCCCUUAGAGCGGCGGGACCCGGGCUGGAGCCCCGCAGCGCCCACCUGAGGGAGCCCGGGGCCCAGACUUGGACUGGCCCCUGUGCGCCCUCGGACGAGGGACCCUGCCUGGGCCGCCUGUACACGAUCCGGGGUGACGCGGCCCACAUGGUGUCACUGGACCGGGCCGACCUGCGGGUGUGGGACGUGCGGGCGGAGCGGGUGGUGCGCCAUUUGGCGGGCCUGCCCCAGCCCCGCGACCUCCAGAUGGUGGACCCCUUCCGGGCCCUGGUGCUGUGCGACCGGGAGCUGCGCGUCUACUCGCUGGACGAGGGACGCCUCCUGGUGCGCCUCAAGGGUGUCAUGAACCAGAAGAUGGCCUACUUCGGCCUGCACGGCCGGGACUACGCCGUGGCUCUCUCACGCAAUCGCAUGUACGUCAACAUGCUGAGCCUGGACAGCGGCGACCUGGAGACCACCUUCAAGGUCGGCGAGGACAGGUUCCUCAACAGCCUGCUGGUGAGCGCCAACGGCAAGAUCUGCGUCUGUGGGGACGAGACCCAGAAGCCAUUCCCGCUGCUCGUCUGGGACCUGUCGAGACGCAAGCUGCUCUACGACCUCCGCAUCCCGCACCACGAGUUCCUCACCCGCCUCUCGGCCAUCAGUGGGGACGGACACUACGUUGUCUGCGUCUGCCGGGAGCUGAGCGACAGUGCGCCCAAUUUCAUCAUCGUGUACGACCUGCAGAGCGGCACGCUGUUCAAGAAGUGGAAGCCCGAGCGGAACAGCUGCAGCAUCGCCAUCUCCUCGCAGGGCGGCUGCGUGGUGAAUGGCCUCGACAACUGCUUCGUCCUCGUCUGGGACCUGGCCACGGGCGCUCGCAGGUUCACCCUUCCGGGACACAGCGCCCCCGUGGAUGAGAUCCGCCUGGAUGAGUCCGGCCUGCGGGCGCUCACCCGCAACGCAGAGGGCGUCGACCGCAGCGUCCGCGUCUGGGACCUCAUGAAGGGGGAGUGCCUGGCGGUGUUCACCCCCGACCUGGCUGUGACAUGCUGUGAGCUGAGCCUGGAUGGCCGGGCGGUGGCCAUGGGCCUGGAGCGCCACUCGCGGCUCUUCUGCCACCUGCUUACUGACGCCGGAGACGAGCCCCCGGAGGCUGUGUACGGCAACGCUGCGCUUUGCGGACAGCGCUUCGACCUCGCCCCCGAGGCCUGACUCCCGGGGUUGCCAGGGGCCACGCUGCCGGGAAACUGGGGUUGCCAACUCGACUGAAAAACGGCUGAAAACCAUUUGAGGCCCACUGCAGCCACGCCACUAGGCCAGGAAACCAGUGUUGGCAGCUGAGAACUUGCUAAAGGUAUCCCGAAAAAGUGCUACAUUUAAGGCGCAGACCCGCCGCAGCCACUAGGCGGGGAAGCCAAUGUUGGCAACUGAGAACUCGCUGAAGGUAUCCCAGAAAACUGCUAAAUUUCGGGCGCAGGCCCGCCGCAGCCUCGCCACUAGGCCGAAAAAACCAGCGUUGCCGAUUAGAAAAUGAAAAACCCGCUAAACUAAUCCCGAAAAACUGCUCAAUUUGAGGCAUGGGUGGAAAAAUUGGCAUUUUAACACUACGUUAGCACAUUUUCCUUAACGCCACCAAGGUGGGAAAGCAGCGAAAGACGUUCCUAAAGGAAGAUGUUAGUGAAGCUGGAAUAUUUACCUUUGCAUUCCUUUUGAAAAAUGUGCAGCAUCUAGCAGCUGCUGAGCCCACGUAUCGGACGCGAGUACUGCGUCAGCGUUGGGCUGAGACCCUGAUCCAAUCCUGCGCCCCAGAAAUGUGGACCGCCCCUUAAAAGGAGUCUGGCAGCCUCUUCCCAUGGUGCCUGGAAGGCGUCUCCCACUUGGAGCAGAAUCUGUAGCAGCUGUGCCCGCUGCAGGUUGCUUCCCAGCUUGACAGUGCACGCAAGGACACCCUCGCAUUCUCGGUUUGUACGCCCAACCACCAGGAUGGGGACAUGCACCAGUGGGAGCCGCGUUGCAGACUCCACAGUGCAGCCGCCUGCAUAAUGGCGGGCGUGGCCCCAGCACAAAUUUUUGGCUCCUUUGUUCGGAGCGCCCUCCUCCCUCUGCCCGUGUAGUCGAGUGAACAUACUUUACACUGCAUUAAAUAAACGCUGUUUUUCAAAGUA